ACAAUGUAUCUUUUAUCAUAAGAUUAAUUGACUUUUAUUCUGAUUUAUCUAUCUAAAUAUCCAGAUUAAUAAGCGGCUACUGAAGUAGAAAAUUAUAGAAAAACACAAAGAGAAAUUAUUCUUAAACUCACCACCCAGAAAUAACCACUACUGGUAACUCCAUCUAUCUCAUUCUUUAUCUUCUCUGUGAACAUAUGCAAUUUUUAAAAUAGAGUCUUAUUGCCUACUAUUUUUUAAUGAUGAUGGAUCCCAAUAUCAGUCCACAUGACUAGCCUUCCAGAAUAGAUGGUGUCUUGACUGCUCAGUAUUUCAUAAAUACAGGUAUUCUAUCAUUAACAAUUUCCUUCUUUUAGGAAGAGCCAGUUAUGCCUACCAUCUAUCAUAUACCUGCAUUCUUGUAUUAAUCUUACUGAUGUGCAUGAGUUCUUUAUUCAUCAAAGAUAUUAACUCUUUAUCAUACAUGAAGAACAUUCAGUUACUUGCUUUUUCAUUUAUUUUUGCUAAUGAAAACUCACUGAUGUAGAUUUUUUUUUAUUUAGUCACGUUUAUAUAUAUAUAUAUAUAUUUUUGAGACAGUCUUACUGUUUCCCUUGGUAGAGUGCUGUGGUGUCACAGCUCACAGCAACCUCAAAGUCUUGAGCUUAAGCUUCAGCCUCCCAAGUAGCUGGGACUACAGGCACCUGCCACAAUGCCUGGCUGUGUUUUUCUUGUUGUUGUUGUUUGUUUUUUUGUAGUUGUCAUUGUUGUUUAGCAGGUCCAGAUUGGGUUUGAACUCACCAACUCCAAUGCAUGUGCCCUAACACGGAGCCCACAUUUAUAAAUUUUUCAUUAUUUUGUUUUCAUUAUAUUUCUUUUCAAAGCCCACUCUACCACUAAAUCAGGAAAAUAUCCAUGUACAGUUUCUUUUAAAAACAAUAUUUCAUUGUUUUGAUUGUAUUUGGUCUUUUUUUUUUUAAGGCUCCCUCACUAAAGUAUGUUUUCAUUCUUUAAUCUAUCUAGACUGAAGCAAUGAUUUUCAACAGGUGUGCCGUAGCACACUGGUGCGCCCAUGAGAGGAUGUUAGGUGUGCCUGAAAAUUUUAAAGAUCAUUAAUUAAAUUAUUUUUAAAAGAAAUUCAAAGCACAAUUAGUACUUUUUAAGUUUUUGUUUAUCAACAUAAGUACGCUGUGCGAGUUGCAAGUUUAACUAUAGGUUCAAGUGUGCCAUGAGAUAAAAAUCGUCAGAAAAACACUGGUCUAUAGUAUGAGGGAGAACAUCAACUUAAUAUUUCUAUAGAAAUAGUUAGGAAAACUCUAGAACCACUAAUUGAUAAUAAUUUUCCUCCUCAUUUGUAAUGCUGUCAUUACAAUAAAAUAAACUCUAACUGAUUUUGGACUUUCUGAGUUAAUUUAUAAAUAGAUACUGAUACCAAGAACACCAUGCUCUUUUAAUUACUGAAGUUUUAGAGUAAACACUAAUAUUAUUUAAAGCUCAUCUUACCAAUAUUAUCUUAAUAUACCUCAUCAUCUUACACUCCCAAGUGAAUUUUAGAAUUACUUGCCAAUUUUUAAGUUCAUUAAUAUUUUUAUUAUUACAGAAUCCCAGUAAGUGUAUGAAUUAAUUUUGAGAGUUGAUCUCUUUAUAAUUUCUAGUUUUUCAUAUACAAAAAAACACACAGAUCUAUAUUACAGUUUUUACUUGGCAUUUUUCAAGAUUGUUUUCAUUAUUACUCCUUUUGAAGGCUUUUAAGACAUUUUUUUCCUAAUUGCCUUCUUCCCCAUAAAUUUUUAAUAUGAUAAAUAUACAAUGUAUUUGUUGAUGUAGAUUCUUUCACACACACCCCUCCCCCCCAAGAACCUAGUUUCUCCUUACUGGAGACAAUACUGCCCAUCCCCACCUCAAGAAUGCAUACUGUACAUCUCAGUGUUUCGGAGAUUCACAUUUCAAGAUUUUGAUUUUGGGGGACUUUUCCUCUCUUAUAAAUUCCACAUGUUUGUAAGAGAUAUUUGAUAGACAUUUUGGAGACACUGUUUGAAAUGAUUAGCUCUUUUCCCAUUAUACUUUCUAGCUGAUUAUUAUUAAACAAAUCUAAUAUUUUAGAAUAUCAAUUUUAUAUCUCAUUAAUAAAUAUUAGAUUUAUUUUUCCCAGUAAUUUACUUAGAAUUUGUAGGUAGGUGAUUACAUGACCUGAAGAUAAUAACAAAAACGUCUUUUCUCCCUUGUAGUAAUCACACUUUGUUUUUUUAUUUGGUGGCUUUAGUGGGCACUUUCACACCACGUUAAAUAAUACUGGUUUCGUAGGGAUCUGUGUCCUGCUCUUGACUUCCAGGUGAAGGUCUUCUUCGGCUCUUAAGAACGUUGGCAGAGGUGCCCUCAAGGCGCCUGCGCAGUGCACACCAGGGGGGCGGUCCCAAGACAGGUCGCGGUUCCGGUUCCGUCGCAAAGACACGUGAAGGUCGUUGAGUUGGUGUGGAGUUCCCCUUGGCAGGCGUGCACGCUCAGGAAUGGAUUCCUCUUCAUCUUCCUCCGCAGCAGGUUUGGAUGCCGUGGACCCUCAGUUGCAGCAUUUCAUUGAGGUGGAGACCCAGAAGCAGCGCUUCCAGCAGCUGGUGCACCAGAUGACGGGACUUUGUUGGGAGAAGUGCGUGGACAAGCCUGGGCCAAAAUUGGACAGUGGCGCUGAGGCCUGUUUUGUGAACUGCGUUGAGCGCUUCAUUGAUACAAGCCAAUUCAUCUUGAAUCGACUGGAGCAGACCCAGAAAUCCAAGCCAUUCUUCUCACAAAGCCUUUCUGACUGAUCUCAGCAUAACUAACCUCUUUGGAAGAGGAAGGUAGUUCAAGAAAUGAAGAGCUGUGGAUGGGAUGAUGGAAGAAAUGGCUAUGGGGAGAUUGGCUCCCAUCUUUUGUCACUCUUGGGACACCAUAUCAUCUGAGAAUGAACAAAGACUAAUUUUUGUGUGCGGAGGGGACUUGAGGGUUAUACGUGUAUUUGGUUGUGUUUUUUUAAUGCUAAUCUUGGGGAAACUAUUAUAUGUCUGUUGCUGUGUGUGGGACUCUGCUUUUCUCAAAGUCCCAUUAACUGUUUCCUGUAAUUUUGAUAGCGGGACUGCUUUUUAUAGUUUGAUAGUGGGACCACGUAGGUAAAAAUCUCCCAUUUGUGUGGAUUCAUUUCAGAUUUCUGGGGCGAUCAUUGAGUCUUUCAGAAUGGAUGGCAUUUUGGGAAGGAUAACUUGGCAGUUCAUUGUGGGCCUUCUUAUCUAGUGUUUGCCACUGUUGGGGAAAAAAAGAUCUAUGGAGUAUUCAUACAGCACACUUCAGCUUUCUAGAUUAUUUCCCACCCUAUACUGUGAUUUAUAUUAAACUAUGGUUUCAAUGUUAUUAUAGGGUAGGGUGUUUUGUGCUUUUGAUCUACUAGCAUUGUGAUACACUAUUAACACGAUUAUUUCUUAAUAUACAGGGAGACCAUAAAGCUCGUGUACAAUUUAAAAUCGUAUACAAUUUAAAAUUGCACACAAACCGUAUGGUCCCCCUGUAUAUUUUUAUUAGGAAAAAUUUUACUAGAGGUCAAUGCAACCUAGGCUUCAGAGCUCUCAGUUAUACGCUUCCAGAGCAAGAAUUUGCAACAGGGCUGUGACCAACUGGGCAAAAGGGUUCUUAGUGAGGGACAAGAAAAUCUUAGAUACUACAAUGGUCGUGCUCCAAAGGACCAUAAUAGCCUAUCAACAGAUAUACAAUAUACCGUGGUACUGGAAUUCUUGGAAGGGAAAAGGAUUAAGGGGAAACGUCUUUAGGCUCUGAAGGGGAACAAUUUAAAGAAAAAAAUAUUAAGAAGCACUGCUCUAGGUUCUAUUGGCCCAUAUUUAAUUUUGAGUUUGGACAUCUUUGGUUAUAUCUAAGAACAUCUUUAUAUUACCUUCCACCAUCAAUAAAUAACAAGUGCAGUGUGGGUCAAGUACAGAAUUCAUAGGUCAUAAAUGUGUACUUUCUUUUUUUGUUUCGUCGAGAUAGAGUGUUACUCUGCCACCCUGAGUAAAGUGCCUGGCAUCACCUUCUAAUCUCUGUGCAGCUGUUCACUGUCUUUAUGCAGUUAAUAUUAGAGAAUUCCCAAGAAACCCUUAUUUUUCAUCAUUUGAUGUAAGAAUAUGUUUUGAUGUCUAGACCAGUGGUUUCCAAUUGAACUUCCAGCGAUAAUGGAAAUGUUCUAUAUUUGUACUAUAUAUAUGGUAGGUAGUGGUUACAUGUGGCUCUUAAGCCCUUAAAAUAUGGCUAAUGUGACUGAGGAACUAAUUUUAAUUUAAAUAAACUGUCAAUUUAAUUUUAUAUGUGCAUAGCUACAUGUGGCUAAUUGCUGCUACACUAGACAGUGCGAGUCUGGAUACUUAUAAGGUUCUUUAUUCUUUUUUUUUUUUUUUUUGUAGAGACAGAGUCUUACUUUAUGGCCCUUGGUAGAGUGCCGUGGCCUCACACAGCUCACAGCAACCUCCAACUCCUGGGCUUAAGCGAUUCUUUUGCCUCAGCCUCCCGAGUAGCUGGGAUUACAGGCGCCCACCACAACGCCCGGCUAUUUUUUGGUUGCAGUUUGGCCGGGGUCGGGUUUGAACCCGCCACCCUCGGUAUAUGGGGCCGGUGCCUUACCGACUGAGUCACAGGCGCUGCCCAAGGUUCUUUAUUCUUAAAAUAAAAAAUGUUCACUUAGAAAAGUAUUUUUCUAAAAUUAUCAUCUUUUUGGCUUUUAGUCUUACUUUUCUGACUAUAAUGUUACCUGUGGUUGUAAGAAAUCUAUCUUGUACCAAAUACAUUAUAUUUCUCAUUCCUUGGCCUUUUGAACUUGGCUUUGGCUGGUGGUUUUUAUUUUUGUUUUUUUUGGGGUGGGGUGGGGUAUUCCUUUAGUUUUUAUUCAGAUGACGGAUUGGUAAGUGAAACAUAUAGCCUUUAUGUGGCAACCAUUUACUGAGUACUUUCUUUUUUUUUUCCUCCUUAUUCUUUAUUUAUUUACUUAUUGAUAUUAAAUCAUAGCUGUGUACAUUAAUGCGAUCAUGGGGCACCAUACACUGGUUUUAUAGACCGUUUGACACAUUUCAUCACACUGGUUAACAUAGCCUUUCUGGCAUUUUCUUAGUUAAUUGUGUUAAGACAUUUAUAUUCUACAUUUACUAAGUUUCACAUGGCCUACAGACAUGAAAAAAUGCUCAUCAUCUUUAAUCAUCAGAGAAAUGCAAAUCAAAACUACUUUGAGAUAUCAUCUAACUCCAGUAAGAUUAGCCCAUAUCACAAAAUCCCCAAGACCAGAGAUGUUGGCGUGGAUGUGGAGAAAAGGGAACACUUCUACACUGCUGGUGGGAAUGCAAAUUAAUACAUUCCUUUUGGAAAGAUGUUUGGAGAACACUUAGAGAUCUGGCUGGCGUUUUCACGGGUUGUAAGUAUCCAUAGGAAAGUAAAGGGGGGAAAAAAUCAGGCAUGGCUGGAUUUAUGCCAUAGAGGUAAGAAAUUAAAAAAUGAACAUUUAAAGAUAAAAACUGUGUCACUUUCCCAUUAAUUAUAGAUCUAUUCAGUAAAUAGCUUAGGUUGUAUGUAGUAAAGGGACAAUUUAUCUUAUUUUUGAGUUCAAAAAAAUGACUUCAGCAUUGGGUAAUGAAGCCA